AUGCCGCCAACUCCAGCUCCAAAUCGAAAACGUCGAAGAGCAUCCAGCACGUCUUUCGAUGGCGCAUCUGAAUCAAAACGAGCAAAUGCUCAAUCUCAACUCGAUUCGGAUGACUCAGAUAAUGAUACUGGGUCCAUUCAAUCAAUUUGUUCAUCAUCAUCAUCAUCAUCAUCAUCAUCAUCGUGGUCCGCAGAUGAUGAAGUACUUCUUCAAAGAACGACCAAUGCAGAAGAAGUUCUUUGGAAAAGAUGCUUGGAGAUCCACAGCAUUACACCAUACGAAUUGAUAUCACAUGGUGAAUACGUUGAUAUAUCCACCAAUCAUGAGAUAAAUGGCAGCGAUGGUUCGAAAAUUCCAAAUACCAACUGGAGCGAUUCCUUCAUCACCGAAUUGACUUCUUUGGUCAUAUGUCCAAUUUUUCAUGGGAAUAUUCCACUUCUUCACCAUGCCAUCCGAUCGGCCACAUGGCACAGAUUGGGUCAACAACAUCGCCAAGACCCGGGAUAUUAUACAAAUGGUUCGAGCAAAUCUAGGCUUUUGGGGGAGCUCGAGGGUUCAUUGGACUCUGAAUUGUUCACGGAAAUUCAGACAAUCAUCAAUGAAAGAAUUCCAGAUGGAUUUUUAGACCAUUUUGCAUUCAUUGGAAACAUCAAAGAUUAUGUUGGCAGAUUCGCCAAGCCAAAAACGAUACAAUUGGGAGUUUCCAACCGGGAUCUCGAAGCCAUUGCCGAUGCAUGA